UGGGGUGAGUGUGGGGGUGCAGUUGGGUCCUGUUUGCACCAGUGAGGGCUGCACUGAAGGGGUGGCAGAGAGGCGGCAGCUGUGGAGUUGCUGAUGUCAGUGGUGGUCAGCUCUGCUGCUGGGCUGUUUGUUUGGAGGUGAAGGUCUCUCAGGUGAUGCACAUCAGUGUGGUCAGGGCAGUGGCUGAGCUGAGUGAAGCUGUGGUAUUUCACAGGUGUAAGCUCUGAGCAGGCAGAGAAGCAGCCUGAUUUACCAGCUGGGCAAGGAAAUGUUGUGGGGAAACUGUGAAGUUUCUGCCUGCAGAUAUCACUCCUAAGUGAGCUUUUGCUCUUGUGUGGUUAAGGUUGUUCUCUGUGAAUAGGGGGAAUCGGUGAGGGAAUGCAGCUAGGGCAGGAAAUAGAGCUGGUCUUGAGAGUACAUAGUGAAAGUGAGCAACUGUGUAGUAUGUGUCAGGGAAGGUAAUAGCUUGGGAGGAGUUGACUAUUCCAGUUCCUGUUGGCCCUCCUACGAGCACAGCAGUGACCUCUUCCCCCCAGCAUGGCCUCACAGAUGGACCCAGACAAGAGUUGACAGGAGAAGAAGCAGCCAUAGAACAAGAUGGAGCAGCCGAAGUGUAGGCUCAAGGAAGAGAAGGAGGAAAAGAACAAUAUGGAGCGUGAUGAUUAUGAGGAAAAUGAUGGCUAUGGUGAUGCUGACUAUGAGGAGAAUGAUGAUGACCAAGAUCAUGAAAAGAAGGUGGGACACUGCCACAUCCACACCAAAGAGAAGCUGUUCCCUUGUAUGGAGUGUGGCAAGAGCUUCAGUUGCAGAUCUUCCCUCACUGCCCAUCAGCGCACACACACAGACGAGAAGCCCUUCCCCUGCCCAGACUGCGGUAAGCGCUUCAGACGGAUCCAGCACCUCAUGCAGCAUCGCCGCACUCACACUGGUGAGAAACCCUUCACCUGCACUGACUGCGGCCAGAGCUUCAGCCGCAGAUAUAUCCUCAUUGCCCACCAGCGCUCACACACUGGUGAGAAUCCCUUCACCUGUGCUGACUGCGGCCAGAGCUUCAGGUACAGAUCUGUCCUCACUGCCCACCAACGCUUACACACUGGUGAGAAUCCUUUCACCUGUGCUGACUGUGGCCAGAGCUUCAGCUACAGAUGUGCCCUAAUCACCCACCAACGGACACACACUGGUGAGAAGCCCUUCACCUGUGUUGAUUGUGGCCAGAGCUUCAGCUACAGAUCUGCCCUAACCACCCACCAGCGCACACACACAGGUGAGAAGCCCUUUGCUUGUGCUGACUGCGGCAAGACCUUCAGUCAGAGUGCUAACCUCACCCGGCACCGCCUCACGCACACUGGUGAGAAGGUUUCGUGCCCCGACUGUGGCAAGACCUUCAGCCGCAUCUGUACCCUCAAUAACCACCGCCGUAUCCACACCAGAGAGAAGCUGUUCCCCUGUGCAGACUGUGGCAAGAGCUUCACCCGGAGCACUGUAUUCCUCCGGCACCGCCUCAUCCACAGUGGUGAGAGGCCGUACAGCUGCACUGUUUGUGGCAAGACUUUCAAUGACAACUCCUCCCUCACUCUUCACCACCGCAGGCACACUGGUGAGAAGCCUUUCACCUGCACUGCCUGUGGCAAGAGCUUCAGGCAGAAAUUUACUCUCACUCUCCACUGGCGCACACACACUGGUGAGAAGCCGUAUGCCUGUGGUGACUGCAGCAAGAGUUUUGCUCACAAAUCCUCUCUCACCAAGCAUCGUCGUGUCCACACUGGUGAGAAGCCCUUCACCUGCAGUGACUGCAGCAGGAGUUUCACUCAGAAGUCCUCUCUCAUCACACACCAUUGUGUCCACACUGGUGAGAAGCCCUACAGCUGUGCUGACAGUGGCAAGAGGUUCAACUGCAGCUCCCAUCUCACCCGGCACUGCCUCAGCCAUGCCACUGACCAGCCCACCUUGGGGGCAGUCACAAAUAGAUCCACCCUGGGUCUGCUGGGGUAAUUGGGACCACCCCAAGAAGGCCUUUCCAGCAGAUGGAACCAAAAUCACCUUUUUCUGGCCUGCAGUUCUCAGGGGCUGGGUGCUCCAGCAGAAACAAGCAACCCUUGCCCUUCUAAAGACCAGUCAGUGGUUAUGAGAAUAAUGCUGGUGAUGAAUCAGCACAGCUGGUGCUGCCACUGGAGCUGUGCUGAGCUUUGCUGUGAUUUCUCUGGUUCUUCCCCAGUCUUUUUGGUCUCCCUGUGUCAAAACCAAAGUUCCUGUCCAUUACCCAUGUGCCAAUAAUAACCCAAAGUUACCACAUGCCUGUGGUUUUCACUUUUAGUUGGGACCUUCCUUCCCACAAUGCCCAAAUGUUGGUGACAUUUAUUCCCUAGGAAUAGGGCUGCAGAUGGGUGCCCAGUUCAGAAAGGUCAAAGCAAUGCUGUUAGAGGAGUCUGGAGAACAUCUUGGGAGGGUCUCAGGGGUAUCUCAGAGGGUUCUUUGUGGGGUGUCAAGGGAUUUUACAUAUUUUGAGGUCUGGAGGGUUUUAGGAUUGACUUCAGAGGAUCAUUGGAGGGGUGAGGUUGAAUCUCAGAGGUCUUUGGAAGAACUCAGCUUUUGUCAGCUUCCCCCUAAGGAGCUCUGAGGCUUUCCAGCAGGCCUGGCAGCUUCUAGCUUUCCACUGGCUCAGCAGUGUUCCUGAUGGAGGCCUGGGCCUUUCUUCAGGCUUUGCAUGCACCCAGAAGUGGGACAAGAUCUUUUUGAGUGUAUAGAUGUUUUUAGGAGCUUUAAGAGUUUUUAAACUGUGAGACUGAUGCAUUCCAACAGGUCUGAUGCUUCUGAUGGGACUCCACUGCCCACCUGUGGCACCACAUCAUUCCAGAGAAGCUGGGCUUUGCCCUUCAGUGGUCCUGCAGACUGACAGCUAGCCUGGGCUUCCCUUGUCAAUUCCAGGCUCGUUGGAAUGCAUCAAGGGCACUGCUGGGCCAGUGGAAAUAGUGAGCAAAGCCCCAGGCUCACAGGAAGGCAGCAAGGCCUCUGUUUUGGCAGCAGAAAGGCUGACCGGGAAGCCCCAGCCUUGUUGAAUUGAUAAGAGGCACUGGUGGGACAUCAGAAUUCCUGUUGAAAGCACAGGGUCUACAGUAAAGCAACAAGGCCACUGUUGGGGCAGUGGAAAGCCCUUAUGAAUCCCUGAGCCUAUGGGAAGUUGGCAAGAGGCUGAGUAAAAACCCACUCAGAAUGCCAGUGGCUGCUUUAAGACACCACAGCUACUGGUGAAGCAAUGGAAGAGCUGUAGGGAGUUUCAGGCCUGCUGGAAGGGAUCACAUCCAGUGCUGAACUUGUGCCAAGCCCAUUGGAAGCCCUGGGCCUCAUGGAAGUGUGCAGGGCAAAUUUUGAAAGUCUCUGUGGUGGUCUGGCCCUGUCAGGAAGCCAAAUGCCCACCAAAGCUGCUCUGUCACUGCCCUUCUUUAGAUGGAGAGGGGCAUGGUCUAGCCUUGAGCUCUGUGGUAAAGGGUUGGACUUGAUGAUCUGUGAGGUCUCUUCCAACCCUGGUGAUACUGUGAUACUGUGAUAGAGGGGGAAGUAUCACAGAAGGCCUGGAACAAGACAGAAGCAAUUUUAGUAAUGCAAAACAAGAGCUGAGACUGCUCAGGGAAGCAGAAGCACACAAAGAUGUUAUUCUCUACUGCCCACAAGCCAGAAUAUGUUUUGCUCACUGCCAGGAAGCAGGCUCCAAUACAUGCAGCAACUGCUGCGGAGGGCAGAGGCCAUCAGCAGCUGUCCUCACACUUCAACUUAGCUUUUGUAUCUGAGCUGAUGUCACCUGGCUUGUUGCAUGGCUCAAGUUGAAGCUGCUGCUGUUCUUCAGUCUGCUGAAGCCAUGGUAGGUGCAAAAAUGAAACUGCUGACUGCAGCAAAGUAUGAUGGGGCUUGAAGUACAGCUUGCAACAUGGGAUGCUUCCUGUUGCAGUUUCUGCUUCUAGGUCAUUCAGUGUGGGCUCUUUUCUGCAGGCCCGGCAGUGGAAGGAGUGGCAGUCAGGGAGCUGCUGGGUUUGGGUUUCUGGUUUAUGCUGUUUUGUUUUUUCCUGCAUAUUUCACUGCACUGCUUCUGCAAAUAGACCGAGUUGAGGUACUCCUACAUUGUGUUAAAUUAAUUAGAUUAUUAGCUAAAGUAAUUGUGCAUUGUGCUUACGAUAUCUUAUAUUACAUGAAACUCUUAUGUCUUUCAGCCCUGAUCUCUAUUACUCUUCCCCUCAUUUUUGUGUUGGAGCAGCAGGCAGUUAGCCCUUGCACUAAACCAUUACAUUUUUUGGCACCCAACAUGGGGCAGUGACAGCAGCUGUUGUUGUGGAAGGCCCAAACAGGCCUAUUACAUGUCCUGGCUUUUCCAGGCAUGAUUGUACCUGCUCCCCCUUCCCAUUGCUUGAGAAGGAAGUGACAUGGGAAAAGAAUAAAAGGCUUGGAGAAAACAAAUCUGGGCACUCAGGACAUGCCCAGGCUUGUUCUGCUCCUGUGCUAAGCCAGGUGCAUACAUUUGGACUGUGCUUUCCCAGAUGUGGGUAAAGCAAGCUCCUGGCUUCACCUAAUAUGGUUAGUUUUGGCAAAAUGCCAUUCUGAUUGGCUAAUCUCUGUGGCCAAAGGGAGCCAUCAGACUCAGGCAAUUGAUGAACAUGAGCAAAGUUGUAAACAACCUGCUCUGCUCUGCCUCGGUUUGCUUUGCCUGGCUGUGCCCCUGCCAUGCUCCAGGCCAGCUUUGCUGUGUGACAGCAAGCUCUGGUGCUUCAGGCUUGUCCACCUGGAAACUUUGCUGUGCCUUGGUUUACUAGGUAGAGGCAUUAACUGUUCUUCAUGCUGUAGGCAAGACUCGUUCCCUGAAUUGGGCAGCCUUAGUGUAAUAACCCUGCUGGUAGGUAACAACAGGCUGGACUAUGCAGAAGGGAUUUACUCAGAAGGGGUAAGAGCGGGAGAGCCAUGUCCUUGCCUGAGAGACCUCACUGCAGUCUGCAUGGUGAGAGAGAGCAGGUUACUGUCACUAGCAAGGCAUCAUCUUUGCCUGUGCACCUGCAAACCUCUGUGCCAAGUCUGGAGCCCUGGGAGGACAGUGUCCUUCUGAGAAAGACUAGGUCAGAGACUGUGCCAGCCCCAAUACCCUGCCAGAGUCCUGGGGAAACUCCAAAACCUUCCAAUGGGUAUUAUACCACUGUCAGCUCCCUCCACGUGCUGUGAGUAGUGUCUGGAACUCUAAUGCAGCCCUGGGAACCUGAGGUACCAGUUUGUGAGUAAAUAUUCUAAAAAGCCUCUCCAUAAUUAAAGCACUUUGCUUUGAUUCUGUUUGCUCUGUAUUGUGCCUUCUGCUUCAGCAGAAAUGAGCCUCUUGAGUCCCCCUGGAAGGCAAGGGGUAAACUGACUCCUGCCUCGGCAGGGAGGUUGGACUCAAUGAUCUCAGGAGGUCCCUCCCAACCUCUAAAGUUCUGUGAUUCUGUGACUGCAGGAAUCUUCCCAAAAGCUCAAAUUCAUGUUUUGCAUUCCUAGUUUUGCCUAACAGUUUAAAUUGCUGCUCCCUGUGUAAAUACUCAGAGCCUUGCAUUUCAACUUUAAUAAAUAAUAUUAAAUCUUGCCAGAAAACUUAACAAAUAUUUCCAUAGUUUAUUACCAUUUUUGCCUGGCUAGCAAUAUUAAUGUUCUUAAACACAGUUAACCUAUGUUAUGACAACAAUGUGCUCAGAGGGUGGUUUGCCUGUUUGCCGUAAGAGAGACGAAGGCCUGCUAGUGACGGCACUGCUCACCUGGUUUGUCGAGGUCUUCUCUCAGGAUCAGGAAGUCACUGUGCAUGGACUCCUGCAUGUUCUGCACAGCUUUCUGUAGAGCUGCUGGAGCUCCCAUGAGAUAUUUGGGCUCGAUGAUCUUGAGGGUCUUUUCCAGUCUAAGAAAUUCUGUGAUUUGCUGUACAUCUGUGAUGAAAAUACUACAUCAGUGGGGCACUGAUGGUAUCUCCUGGAGGUACUUUGAGAACACCUGUCUGCAAUGAGGAUUCCCAAGAGGUCUGAUUUAAGGCCCCUGCCAAAGCAUUUUUCUUAGGCCUCCCCUGUUGGUGAUUUAUUUUUCCUUCCACGUUCCCCUUUGUUCCCUGCUUACUAAAUUGAAGUCAAGAAUUUUGUGAGUUCCACCUGCACGAGAGUUUAGAAUACCAAAUGUCAUGGGAUGUGAGAGGAGCUUCCAGAGUCUCACCUUGCAUGGCUGGUGGCAUCUGGGCAGGAGGCUUGAACACCUCCUUUUGUGGUCAAAGAAAGGUAAAGGAAGGUCAGAAGUGGUGUGCUAUGCCUUGAACAGCCUUCCUUUCCCAACCAGCAGCAAUGCUCUUUGCUACAGGAGGACGUGUCCCUCGUCACAGAGGUCCCUCCCUCUGGACAAAUUCCUCCCACCUCAUAGCUUCUGUUGUGCUCCAGAAGGGAACCUGCAGGGGACCUGCUCAGACCAGUUGACCUCCAGAGGAUCCCAAGGAUGACCCCAGCAGAGGAAUGCCAGCCUCAGUUUGCCUUCACCUGGAGGGAAAUCCAGUAUCCCUUCAGUUGUUUACUCCAGGGGUGGAAGCAUAGCUCAGAAAUCUGUCAUGGAGUGAUCUGUGAUGCCCUGGAGAAGGGUGGAGCACCACAACCCUUGCAGUGCAUUGAUGACAUCAUUGUCCAGGGAAACACAGCAGAAGAAGUCUUUGAGAAAGGUAACAAAAUAAUUGACAUUCUGCUGCAGGCAGUUUUGCCGUAAACUGAAUUGUGCAGAGUUAAUAUUAUUAAUGUUGAUGUUUUGAUUGUGAAUAACUAUGGAAAUUACUCAUUAACAUAAAAUCUUGCCAGAAAACUUA